GAGGAAGGCAGCAGCCAUGGAAUGGCCAAUAAGAUUUUUCAAAGAAAAUUUAACCUCAGGGAUAUAACUCUGCUUCCUGACUGGACAUGGCCAGUAGACUGAGACUCCUGAGACCUAUUGCCAGGGUGGGUCUCAGGAAUUUGACAUAACUUGGAUUACAUAUCUUCUAAAGGUCGGACCUUGGAGCUAAACUGAUCUCUAUCUAUACCUUCUCCCUGCCAGCCCAAGGGAUUAAUUUUUAUCAAUUCUUCUAACCACGCCUAACAUUGAAGACCUUAUCCUUUCUGAUAUUCUAAUGGGUGUGAGCAAGUUAGACGUUUUUUACCGAAGACUACUCCUCACUAAGCUUUUCAUCAGAGGAUGGGGAAGACCUGAAGAUCUGAAACGAUUAUUUGAAUUCAGAAAGAUAAUUGGUAAUCGGGAAAAAUGCCAGAAUAUGGUUUCGAGAGAUUAUCCAGUAUACAUUGACAAGAUUGAAGAAGAAACUGACUGUAAGAUACUUGAAGGACAUUUUGUUUCUCCUAUGGCUCAUUAUGUUCCUGAUCUCAUGCCAAUUGAAUCUGUUAUUGCUAGGUUUCAAUUCAUUGUACCUAAAGAAUGGAACAGCAAAUACAGACCAGUGUGCAUUCAUCUUGCUGGAACAGGAGAUCAUUAUUAUUGGAGACGACGAACACUUAUGGCCCGCCCAAUGAUCAAAGAAGCAUGUAUGGCUUCUUUGUUGUUAGAAAACCCUUAUUAUGGCUGUAGAAAACCCAAAGAUCAAGUAAGGUCAAGCUUGAAAAAUGUGUCUGACCUCUUUGUGAUGGGAGGGGCUCUUGUUCUAGAGUCUGCAGCUCUCUUGCAUUGGCUAGAGAGGGAGGGUUAUGGACCUCUGGGGAUGACUGGAAUAUCCAUGGGAGGACAUAUGGCUUCAUUAGCUGUAACCAACUGGCCUAAACCUUUACCACUAAUUCCAUGUCUUUCUUGGUCAACUGCUUCUGGAGUCUUUACAACGGGUGUGCUAAGUAAAUCAAUUAAUUGGAGGGAGUUGGAGAAACAAUACUAUACACAGACAGUUUAUGAAGAAGAAAUCUUUCACAUGCUUGAAUAUUGUGGGACAGAUUCUUUUAAAAUGGGACGGGAUUUUGUGAAACAUUUCCCUAAUAGUGUGGACAACCUGACUAAUUUUGAUCUGGCUUCCGGAACUUUAAACCUAGAUAUUAGUGAAUCAUUAUGCAUGAAAUCUGCUCAGUGUCAAAACACUGAUAAAUCCUCUCUCAAUGCCACGUCAGAAGGUCUUGUGUUGCAAGAUGUUUCUAAGCUUCAGUCUCUGAGUCAGACACUGUCCACUAAGGAAAGCAGGGAUGGGAGCUCCAUGAAUCAUUCAGAUCAAUUCAGUGAAGAAAAAAGCAAAGAAGAAAAAAGAAGGAGCACAUUACAGAAGGAAUCUUUAAUGUUUAUGAAAGGCGUCAUGGAUGAAUGUACCCAUGUAGCAAAUUUCUCGGUCCCAGUUGAUCCAAGUCUGAUUAUAGUGGUUCAAGCCAAAGAAGAUGCCUAUAUUCCACGAACAGGAGUUCGAAGCCUUCAAGAAAUUUGGCCUGGAUGUGAAAUUCGAUACCUAGAAGGGGGACAUAUUAGUGCUUACCUUUUCAAACAAGGACUUUUCAGGCAAGCCAUUUAUGAUGCAUUUGAACGUUUUCUCCAUAAAUAUGCUUACUGAGCAUAACUGGAAUGAUUACCAUGGUUAAGGAUCUUAUACCAGGAAUUUUCAUCCAAUAUUCUUUGGUGUGAAGAACCAGCAAACUAUAGCAUCUGUAAAUUAUGAAGUUAAGCAGCAUUUCCAUUUUUACAUGUUUUUAAUAUAUUUGAAUAAUUUUUAAUAGAAAACUUGCUAAAAAUUAACAAAUACAAAUAGCUUUCUUUAGUGUUUAUAUAAGUUUAAUUCUAAUUAAAUGAAUUAAUUCAUAGAAUAUCUAGUUACAAUUAUAAACAGAACAAAUGAAAUUAAAAUUUUCAAAACUCCUGUUUAUUGUAUAAAUUUUCAAAAAAGCAUUUGAAUUCACCUUUUGUCCUAUGUUAAAGUUAUUAGUAAAUUCGUUUUUAGGAUUUUUAUCUUUGAACAAUGCCUGUGACUUGUCAAAAACACCUUCAAAUUCCAUAAGAAACUGAAUCUCAGUUAAUAGUGCUUUAAUACUCAGAAACUUAAGCCAAUAUGGGGAGAAAAAAGCCAAAUAAUGUCUCCACCCUUAGAUUUCAACCAAGUAUUUUUUCAGACGUCACCCUGAUGAUUAUUAAACCUUUCCCUACUCCAAAACUUAGGAAAGUAAUAGGAAAUUUGAUACAAUAUCUGUAUUUUAUCCCCAUAUACUGUGACAUUGGUAUUUUACUAAAUGACUUUUUAGUUGUUGCCAAAUAUUUUAACUAAUAUAAUAUGUAAUUAGCUGAAAAACUAGUUGAUUUCCACAAUGCCUAUAAGUUAAGCCAAAUUUUCACAUUAAACUUUAUUUUUCAUGUUGUGGUUUUAUAAUUUUAACUUUUGAUUGUCAUGAGAUUGUGUUUUGUUGUCUUUUAUAGAAAAUGCCUGAAAUUAGAUAAUUUGUAAAGUUCAGAGUUUGAAUUUUAAUGUAGUUUUAUGAUCGGUGUGAUCAAAAUAGUAACUUUUUUAAAUUGAAGGAGAAAUGGUUCUUAAUGUAUGUACAUUAGUUUGUAUGUACAUUAUGUAAUGUAUAUACUCAUGUAAUGUACAUUAGUACCUAGUUUUGAGUUUAAUAAAUGUAAAACUAGACUAGAGAACUUCUAAGAAAUAUUGUUUAGUUUUGGGGAUAUUUAGGAAAUUUACUAAUUUGUUUGGGAAUUUUUAAAACAAGAGCUCUCAGCCUUGCAAGAAUAUUUGAAUGACUAUGUGCCUUUACAAUUUAAAAAUAUCUUCAUUUUGAAUCCUACAAAAUGCCAAUAAACAAAUAUAAAAUUACUUUGAAAACUUAAUUACCAGUGACUUUUUAGGAAAAAACUGGAGUUUGCUCUACUACAGCAGUGUGUUAAUUAUAGUUCUUCCACAGAGAUAUCUUUUUGGAGAUAAUGUGGUAUUUACUAUCGCGUGGUUAUCAUUAUUAUCUCAUUUUUACAUAUAGUGUUACCCAAUAAUUGAGUUCUUUUGGAAGAUUGGCUUUAGUGAAAUAUAAAUUCAAAGUUUUUUAUUCAGUAGCUUUUAAAAAUUUAUUCUUUCUGAGUGCUAAAAUGAUUCACUUCAUUUUCUCAUUUAAUUCAUUUAAGAAAAAAUUUAUUCCUCAGCCAUUAAAAAAAAAAAGUUUUAAUGUGCUUUGCUAAUGGCUUUUUGCAUGACAACUAAAAUUUCAGGGUUUUAUUACUUACAUGAAAAGAAGUCUUAACAGAAUUUCCAUGUAAUUAAAUAAUCUCUUUUAAAAAGAUCUCUCUGGGCGCUAUAUAAAUACAUUACUUUUUUAGAGCAGUGUUAAUGGGAUUUUUUACUUGAAAAAAACAUUAAACUGAAAUUAUAAAAACAUUCCCGUAUUUAUAACUAGACAAAUGAAUGCAAAGAAAUCAGUGUUAACUUUUAUGUUUUAUUUAACCAUGGAAGUCUUGGCCACCAUGCCAUUUUAUCUUUGUCUACAAUGAUGAUCAACUUUGUAAAUAAUAUAGUACUAGAAAUUCACAUCUAGACUGUUCAUAAAGAAAAGUUUUCUGUGUUUCAUGAUUAUCUAUUAGGGAAUAGAUCUUUUUAAUGUAUAUAGUUUCCAAUUAUUUCUUAUUCAUGAAAUUUUAAAAUUUGGUACAUUCUUAUUUGGGAUAUGAAUUUCAUACUGUAACUUUAAAAUUGAUAUGAUUUUCCUAACUUUAUACUGUAUAAUAAAAGUAUUUCAAAGUGUG